AUGUUCCUCCUCCACCGGCAGCGCGUCGCCGCCCUCCAGCUCCAAAUCCGACGCUACGCCCAAUCCGCCACAGCCGCUCUGCUCCCCCCGGACCCGGAACCCGAACCGGACUUCCCGAGACCCGACCCGAAAUACGCCGAGACAAUCUUCGCCGUUCCACGCGCCGCCUCCGGUAAGAGCAUCUCCGCCAAAGAGCGCAAAGCCGGCCGCGUCCCCAGCAUUGUCUUCGAGCAAGAGGACGGCCAGCACGGCGGCAACAAGCGCCUCAUCUCUGUACGGACCAACCAAAUCCGAAAACUUGUUGGUCAUCUCGGCCGCUCCUUCUUCCUCUCCAGACUCUUCGACCUCGAGAUUCAUUUGCACUCGGCCACGGACGCACCGCUUAAUGUGACCUUCAUAAGGGCUCCUUCUCAUGCUUUGUUGAAAGUCGAUAUUCCUCUUGUAUUUCGAGGAGAUGAUGUCUCUCCUGGAUUGAAGAAAGGUGCUUAUUUAAAUACAAUCAAGAGGACUGUAAAGUUCCUUUGCCCUGCAGAUGUGAUUCCUCCAUAUAUUGAUGUGGAUCUGAGUGAGUUGGAUGUCGGCCAAAAGAUAUUAAUGGGAGAUCUCAAGGUUCAUCCGACUCUAAAGCUUCUUCAGUCAAAAGAUGAGCCUGUUUGUAAGAUCAUGGGAGCCAGAGUUUCUGAACAAAAGAAAUCUAAAUAA